GCUGGCAGAGAGAGAGAGAGAGAGAGAGAGAGAGAGAGAGAGAGAGAGAGAGAGAGAGAGAGAGAGAGAGAAUGGGAGGGUGAGAGAGGCUGGCUGGCUGGCUGCUGGAGAAGAGGAGGAGAGCAGAGGGAGAGGGGGAGCAAGCUAGCGCUCUAAGCAUGAGGACCGGCUGCUCCCGGCUCAGUUAAUCUGGCUGUCAGUCGGUGUUAACGCUGCAGUUUAACUGCUCGGCUCCCCUUCCAAGAGAAACAAGAGAAGCCUCACAGAAGGAAGGGAGGAAGGAAAGAAGCAAGCAAGGACCGGCAGGAGGAAAAGAGCCGGCAGAGCAGCAAGAAGAAUCAAAGGAAGGGGAGGGAAGACCAAAUCUAUGGUUGGACCAGGGCUUCUUUUCCGCCAAUGUAAAAAGGAAUAUGCCGUACAUCUUUGCCUUUUUCUGCACCGGUUUUCUAGGUGCGGUUGUGGGUGCCAAUUUCCCCAACAAUAUCCAGAUAGGGGGAUUAUUUCCAAACCAACAAUCGCAGGAACAUGCAGCUUUUAGGUUCGCUUUGUCACAACUCACAGAGCCCCCCAAGCUGCUUCCCCAGAUCGAUAUUGUGAACAUCAGUGACAGCUUCGAGAUGACUUACCGAUUCUGUUCCCAGUUCUCCAAAGGAGUCUAUGCCAUCUUUGGCUUUUAUGAACGAAGGACUGUCAACAUGCUGACCUCCUUCUGUGGGGCCCUCCAUGUGUGCUUCAUUACUCCAAGUUUUCCCGUUGACACGUCCAAUCAGUUCGUCCUUCAGCUGCGCCCAGAACUACAGGAAGCUCUCAUUAGCAUCAUCGACCAUUACAAGUGGCAGACCUUUGUCUACAUUUACGAUGCUGACCGGGGCCUGUCAGUCCUGCAGAGAGUCUUGGAUACAGCUGCAGAGAAGAACUGGCAGGUGACGGCUGUCAACAUCCUGACGACCACAGAGGAAGGAUACCGGAUGCUCUUUCAGGACCUGGAGAAGAAAAAGGAGAGGCUGGUGGUGGUGGACUGUGAAUCAGAACGCCUCAACGCCAUCCUGGGCCAGAUUGUGAAGCUGGAGAAGAACGGCAUUGGUUACCACUACAUCCUUGCCAAUCUGGGUUUCAUGGAUAUUGACUUAAAUAAGUUCAAGGAGAGUGGAGCCAAUGUGACAGGUUUCCAGUUGGUGAACUACACAGACACCGUCCCAGCCAGAAUCAUGCAGCAGUGGAGGACAAGUGACGCGCGAGACCACACCAGGGUUGACUGGAAGAGGCCGAAGUACACAUCUGCUCUCACCUACGAUGGUGUGAAGGUGAUGGCUGAGGCCUUCCAGAGCCUGCGGAGGCAGAGGAUUGACAUAUCCCGCCGGGGAAACGCUGGAGACUGUCUGGCUAACCCAGCUGUGCCCUGGGGCCAAGGGAUCGACAUCCAGAGAGCCCUGCAGCAGGUACGAUUCGAGGGUUUGACUGGAAACGUGCAGUUUAACGAGAAAGGACGCCGGACCAACUAUACCCUCCACGUGAUUGAAAUGAAGCAUGAUGGGAUCCGCAAGAUUGGUUACUGGAAUGAAGAUGACAAGUUUGUCCCGGCAGCCACCGAUGCUCAGGCUGGAGGGGACAACUCAAGCGUCCAGAACAGAACCUACAUCGUCACUACAAUCCUCGAAGAUCCUUACGUGAUGCUUAAAAAGAAUGCCAACCAGUUUGAGGGCAAUGACCGCUAUGAGGGCUACUGCGUGGAGCUGGCUGCGGAGAUCGCCAAGCAUGUGGGCUAUUCCUACCGACUCGAGAUCGUCAGCGAUGGCAAAUAUGGAGCCCGGGAUCCCGACACGAAGGCGUGGAAUGGCAUGGUGGGAGAGCUGGUCUAUGGAAGAGCAGAUGUGGCGGUAGCCCCCUUGACCAUCACCCUGGUCCGGGAGGAAGUCAUUGACUUCUCCAAGCCAUUCAUGAGUUUGGGAAUCUCCAUCAUGAUUAAGAAGCCACAGAAGUCCAAGCCAGGUGUCUUCUCCUUUCUUGACCCUUUGGCCUAUGAGAUCUGGAUGUGUAUCGUGUUUGCCUACAUCGGAGUGAGCGUCGUCCUCUUCCUGGUCAGCCGUUUCAGCCCUUACGAAUGGCACAGUGAAGAGUUUGAAGAGGGACGAGAGCAGACCACCAGUGACCAGUCAAAUGAGUUUGGCAUAUUCAACAGCCUGUGGUUCUCUCUGGGGGCCUUCAUGCAGCAAGGAUGUGACAUUUCUCCCAGGUCUCUGUCUGGACGCAUCGUGGGCGGCGUCUGGUGGUUCUUCACUUUGAUCAUCAUCUCCUCAUACACAGCCAACCUGGCCGCCUUCCUGACUGUGGAGAGGAUGGUGUCUCCCAUCGAGAGCGCAGAGGACCUGGCGAAGCAGACCGAAAUUGCUUAUGGGACAUUGGAAGCAGGCUCCACGAAGGAGUUCUUCAGGAGGUCUAAAAUCGCCGUGUUUGAGAAGAUGUGGACAUACAUGAAGUCUGCAGAACCAUCUGUGUUUGUUCGGACCACAGAGGAGGGCAUGAUCAGAGUGAGAAAAUCAAAAGGCAAAUACGCCUACCUCCUGGAGUCCACCAUGAAUGAGUACAUUGAGCAGCGAAAGCCCUGCGACACCAUGAAAGUGGGAGGUAACUUGGAUUCCAAGGGCUACGGCAUCGCCACACCCAAGGGGUCCGCCCUGAGAAAUCCAGUAAACCUGGCAGUGUUAAAACUGAACGAGCAGGGGCUUUUGGACAAAUUGAAAAACAAAUGGUGGUACGACAAGGGCGAGUGCGGCAGCGGGGGAGGUGACUCCAAGGACAAAACAAGUGCUCUGAGCCUCAGCAAUGUGGCAGGCGUCUUCUACAUCCUGAUUGGAGGGCUGGGACUGGCCAUGCUGGUCGCCUUAAUCGAGUUCUGCUACAAAUCCCGUAGCGAGUCGAAGCGGAUGAAGGGUUUCUGUUUGAUCCCACAGCAAUCCAUCAAUGAAGCCAUACGGACAUCGACCCUCCCCAGGAACAGUGGGGCUGGAGCCAGUGGAGGAGGUGGCAGCGGAGAGAAUGGCCGGGUGGUCACCCAGGACUUCGCCAAGUCCAUGCAAUCCAUUCCCUGCAUGAGCCACAGUUCAGGGAUGCCCUUGGGAGCCACAGGAUUGUAACUGGAGCAGACAGUAACCCCUUGGGGAGCAGGCUAAGGCUCCCUAGUCCCAUCCCAAGCCCUUCAGUGCCAAAAACAACAACAAAAUGAAACACCACCUCCAACCACCAUGACCAGAUGGAGGACAAUUCAGCCGACGUCCCUGAAGAAUUAAAAAACAAAGCAAAACAAAAACAAAACAUCCACUAGGCGUCCCUUUCCCUUGGGGAUUUUGUUCGCCCUUCUCCAUUUGCUAAGUGACGAUGGUAACUAACUCUAUGCUGCAAUAACAGGAGAAACCCUGUCCAAUGAAGUCUAACGUCUCUGAGAAUGGAGUCACUGGGAUAUUAAUGAAGAAAUCAAACUGUUUAAUUUUCAUUCAGUUGUUAAUGUGUCCUAGUGUGUGCAGUUAUUUUCUUACUAAUAUCCAUGGUUUGCAGGCUCUGUUAGACCCUUUUGCUUCUUUUUAUCCCAACCCCCUCCCACUCCUCCCCAUCACUCUUUAGUUUCCAGAUGGAAGACUCAUGAUUGGUUCCACCUUACAAGCAAGGAAAGGAAUACGCAACCUUCAGACUCAUUCCGUGUGGGAGCUCUCCACGACACCUUCAAUCCCUUGGCCCAUGCCUUGGAUGGAGACAGACACUACCGGAGAAGGGGACUGCCUUCCCCAGAGAGAAUACCACCUAAAUGCUGGUUCACUGGAGAAUAGCCAUGAGGAGCAUCUCAGAGAGGGGGUGGAAAGGGGCUGGGAAGUGUGUAGGCAGAGGAGGACUUGGGAAGUUUCCUGUUGCUUGGAAGAGGCUUCCUGGAAUGCUCAAGAGCUGUUCCAUGGGCCAUAGAGUACCACUGUGGUACAUCUCUUUACAAAGUCAAUCUCAGCCCCCAAAAAGCGUGUUCUACUAUGUUCAGGCUCAAAGGCCGUGUGGUGGCCGAGGGGCAAUUGGCCUCCCAAACCCAGUAGAGCCUUGCAAAGAGCUGGCAGUCAGGGAGGUGUCACACAGGACUCUUGCCUUUCCUUUGCUCGGCAUCAAGACUGAAGCCCUGUGAUAGAGUAGGACUCUCUGUGGAACCUCUGACAUAAGGGGGCAUGCUGUCCAAGCUCAUUCCAAAAGAAAGGCAGUGGGGAAUCAUGAAAGUCCAGCCAAGCCCCUGCCACAGAGCCUUCUCUGCUUUUCCUGCCCUAGGUUUGGGAGACCAAAUAUGAAGUUGAGAGUUAUGUCAAUGCAGAGGACUGGGGGGGUUGUGUUAAUAAAGUAUUGUUUUAGCAUGUGAUCAGGUCUUAAGAAAGAAAGAUAGCAAAGCCUAAGUUAUUUUAAGAGACAGAGAGAUGAGUUAUGUUCCUAAGGAUAUCAGGGGACUUUAAGAUGCCUAAGCCCAUCUCCUAACUCUAACACAAAGAAACUAACUAUUUUCCUGGCUAAGACAGAGGAAGGACAUAGCAUGACAAUGGUCAGAACCUUUAUACACCCAUGAAUGCAAUGACCAAGGUGAAGGACAGCCAGACAGGAAAAGUGAGCAAGAGCCGCUGAAAGAUGCUAAGCUGCCUGAACCUUUGAGUGGAAGUGGGCGUCCCUGGCACACAGCUCUGCGGAGACCUCCACUCUCACUCUUGGUGCGAUUGGCUUCCACCUCUUCUGCAGCCACUCCCAGGUGCAUGCUUCAGUGAGUGCCACAUGCCACUAGCUUUUACUGAUAACCGUAUUCUGGCUUGUUCUCCUACCCUCUGCUUCCAUCCAAUCUUCACUAUUAGGGGUUAUCAUUAGCAAUGGACAAGCUGAAAAUUUUGGAGCCUACCCAGGGUCCAGGGCAGUAGAAAUGGCUUCCUCUGUGGAUGCUCUCAGUGAACAACCCAUAUCUCUAUGUCUCUCUCAUUCUUUCUUCAUCAGCCAUAGCAAAGAAACAUCCCAGAAUCCACCCUUCACCCCCAUUGUUCAGUUUCUCCCGUGUUAACAUGGGCGUGGUGUGUGAAGAUGGAUUAUCUGGAGAUGGAUUAUCACCUUUUAUUUCUGCCAGCUAAUGUCCUCCCAGCCUCCUGCCUAGCACCGUAGACUCUUGUGUGACCUGCCACUGGGGAGUCUGCACCCAGGAAGAGAUGGAUCUAAACUCUGCCAUCAGCUGCUUCAAAGACCUCUUGCCUGAGGCCUGGGAAGAUGUUCUCCAGCCCCUGAGCCUAUCGGUUGGAUAGAGAAAGACUGUGCUGGAAAUGAGGGUCUGUGCUGGGAGGGGUCCAUGACUCCAAGGAAGAUGUUUCUCACCAAGGGAUGUGUGGAGGAAGAAAAAAAAAAGAAGUGAGAAAGAAGUUACCUUGUAUUAUGUAUUUUUACUACACUUUUCUUAAAAAUGGAACAGUGGGAAAACUCUGAAAGAGAUUGACAUUUUUCUCAACAGGAAUCCAUACUUAACAGUUCUGGCUUUCAUUAAACUUUGCUCUUUGGUAGCUGGGCCUUUUAUUUAACAUCCGUAUUGUUUUAGCUCUCUUGGCAGAUGUGAGUGGUGGGGGGUUUCUCAUUUGAGCAAACACUAAAUAUUUGGGGCAGGGUUGCUGUUUUAUUUUCAAAUAGCCAGGGUUUUUCUUUCCUUUUUGGUAUUUGCAUCAAAUGAACAAUAUCACCAAGAAUUAAAUCACUGUGGACCCAUUA